AUGGUAAAUUUUUUGGCCCUACGUAAAAUUGCGUCGAAACGUGAGGUCUCAGAGUUUCGGACAUGUCCAAAUUUAUCUGUGUUUUCAAAAAACCUCGUCCUUUUUUUUCAGAACCUUGAAGUGACUGUGUCCCACGUCCAGAAGACUUGCCAAGGAUGCUACCAGAACUCAAGAGAAAAGGAGACUCAUCAAUUCUCUACAUAUCUGUUGAUUCGAGACGGACAACUCCAGAGGAACCUUCAAAAAACGUUUGCCACCCCAAAGAAGAGCUCAGCACCAUGCCGAAGUUGUGGAGCUGGUGAACCCCCACUAGCCCCCAAGCCAGGCCUGGCUUCCUGUGAUCUCUCAGCGCUGGUGCCGACGCGGCUGCGCGAGCACCUAGCCACGGGGUCUCCGCCUCUCUCUACGGUCCCUCCCACUUUUCUCCCUUUUCAAGACAAAGUGGGCUCCCUCCUGGGCUUUCUCUCUCGUUCUAUUUUUGCUGCUUUUUUUCUCUAUCCUAUUUCUCAUUUCUUUCACUUUCUUCAAGAUAGGCAUACAUACUAA